CCGCUCCAAGCCGGUGGUGCAGCGCGCGCCCCCGGUCGCGGGCGCAGACUGGCGGCCGCCUCCGGACCACGUGGUGCGCGCAGCGGGCGCGUCCGAGGAGACCGCAGCGGCUCCAGGCUUACACUGCUCCGGCUUGGAGAGCGGGAGGACGCUGUGGGCAAGGCCGGUGCAGGCGACAAGGCACGGGGAGGACGCGUGGAGAGAGCUCGGCGGCCGGACCUUUGAGGCCGGUGGCGUCGGGGCCGCGGCCUCGGCCCUUCGAGCGCCUCUCGCGCCGGGUCCCUGCGCCCAGGGCGCACGGUGGAGAGGGACACAUCGCCGCGGGCCGCCAUGGAGCCGGCCCCUUCUGCGGGCGCCGAGCUGCAGCCCUCGUUCCUCCCCAACGCCUCGGACGCCUACCCCAGCACCUUCCCCAGCGCGGGCGCCAAUGCGUCGGGGCCGCCGGGGACGCGGAGCGCGUCGUCCCUCGCUCUGGCCAUCGCCAUCACCGCUCUCUACUCCGCAGUGUGCGCCGUGGGGCUGCUGGGCAACGUGCUUGUCAUGUUUGGCAUCGUCCGGUACACUAAGUUGAAGACAGCAACCAACAUCUACAUCUUCAACCUGGCCUUGGCCGAUGCGCUGGCCACCAGCACACUGCCCUUCCAGAGCGCCAAGUACCUGAUGGAGACAUGGCCCUUCGGGGAGCUGCUAUGCAAGGCUGUGCUCUCCAUCGACUACUACAACAUGUUCACCAGCAUCUUCACGCUCACCAUGAUGAGUGUUGAUCGCUACAUCGCCGUCUGCCACCCUGUCAAGGCCCUGGACUUCCGCACACCUGCCAAGGCCAAGCUGAUCAACAUCUGCAUCUGGGUCUUGGCCUCAGGUGUUGGUGUCCCUAUCAUGGUCAUGGCUGUGACCCGUCCCCGGGAUGGGGCAGUGGUGUGCAUGCUCCAGUUCCCCAGCCCCAGCUGGUACUGGGACACAGUGACCAAGAUCUGCGUGUUCCUCUUCGCCUUCGUGGUGCCCAUCCUCAUCAUCACGGUGUGCUACGGCCUCAUGCUGCUGCGCCUGCGCAGUGUGCGCCUGCUGUCGGGCUCCAAGGAGAAGGACCGCAGCCUGCGGCGCAUCACGCGCAUGGUGCUGGUGGUGGUGGGAGCCUUCGUGGUGUGCUGGGCGCCCAUUCACAUCUUCGUCAUCGUCUGGACCCUGGUGGACAUCGACCGGCACGACCCAUUCGUGGUGGCGGCGCUGCAUCUGUGCAUCGCCCUGGGCUACGCCAACAGCAGCCUCAACCCAGUGCUCUACGCCUUCCUGGACGAGAAUUUCAAGCGCUGCUUCCGCCAGCUCUGCCGCUCGCCGUGCGGCCGUCCGGAGCCCAGCAGCUUCAGCCGGGCGCGCGAGGCCACAGCCCGCGAGCGGGUCACCGCCUGCACCCCCUCCGAUGGCCCCUGACCACGCUCCUCCCCCCGGGCACCUCCAAGGUGACCACGGAGGCCCCCGGGAGGUGGAGCCACGAUCCGGGAAGGGGCAGUCAAGGAUGAGGAGGCAUGGGCCGCUGGAUGAGGCCUCUGUUUUGGAGAAGAGCUGGGUACUUGGGACCAGGUAGUGGUCACGAGAUGAGGCCUGUGCAGUGGGGUGGCUCUGGAUCCAGUGGGGGAAGAGUACCUGAGCAAGGCCCUAGGCUGGGCAGGGACAGCUAGCGACUGCAGGGGUGUGGGACCUGCAGCACCAGAACCGGGCUCCUUAAUGGGACCUGUGCAGUGGGCAGAAGUUCGACUUGGUGCCGCCUUGAGUUCUAAACCCCAUAGGGCUUUGAGGCAUCAAGAUCUGGUCUAGAAUCUGAUGAUUCUGCACUGAGGAGGGGGCCGAGGAGGGGCAGGGGUGCGCAGUGGCUUAAGACUGAGCUGCAAGACCGGGCGUGGAGGAGAGGAGCCUCCUCCGGGGUAAGAUGGAGAAUCAGGACAGGCAGGCUGGUGACGGCUCAGGUUUGUCAGUAGACAGAGGGGCUGUGUGCAGGAGGUGGGGCCUCAUGUUUGGGGGAGAGUCCCAGCCCGAGUUCUAGCAGCAUAUGGAAACUCCCUGAAAUCUAGGUACAAUUUGACAUCUUCAUAAGUAAAGUGAAUACAAAAGAAACAGAAAAGAGGAAGAGAAACAGCAUAUCUUUUCACUCCAACCGUUUCUUUGGAAUGGAAAGUGAUGCCUAAGAUUGGAAUCAAUGUCCACAGUCCACAGCAGUAUCCAGUGAAUCCUGGUACAGGACAGUGAGUAGGGCCAGUGGGGAGGUUGACAGGCUUCAGUUGAAAUAGGGUCGCUACAACCAAGCGCUUGAGGCUCGAGAAGGAGCAAGGAGGUCCUGGGGCUCCAAAACCCCAGCUGCAUGGGCUUCGUGCCAGGGGGUGGAGGUGGUGGUAGUGGGCUAAGGCGGGGAAGCAUGCUUCUGCUCUGAGGUUAGGUCCUCCAUCCUGAGGAGGGACACUUCUGGGGAGUCCCCAGGGUCCUGGUGUCUGUGGUACUCAGCUAUCAGAGCACAGAGAGAAUCACCUACAUGGAGCCCCAUGCUUGGCGAGUGAACUGGGGGAGGGGGGGUGCCAAGAUACCCAUGCAGAUUUCCAGACCCCUGAUAAGAACCUCAGAAUUGUCUCUCCUCCCAAUACCCAUCUGUGCCCCAUGCAUGUGUGUCUACCUCGGAUAAACUCAAACUGUCCAUGUGGAGCCUGAUUUUGGUGGAACUGAGGGAAGAUGGUGUGUGCUCCCCUCUCCUGAGGUCCUCGGCUCCAGCCUGCCCAGCUCCUUCAGGCUGCUGAGUUCUGGGGUCCACCCAAAGCCAGGCGUAGAAGCCAGAUCUUUGCUUCCCUUGGUGUCAGGGUCUGUCCUAGUCCCCUGAGCCCCUCCUCGCAGGCUCCUCUCCCCACCCUCCCCCCAUCCUGCCUCAGCAAGACACCCCUGACUCCCUAUUGAAGCAAGUGCUGACAUCCCUGUAAAAACAAAUUUAAUUUUCUUCCUUUUUUGGGACAGAGGGGAAGAAAUUGACGCCUUUGUCUCAAACCAAAAAAGAAAAAAGAAACAAUAUACCUCUUUUCCCUUUGACAGCCAUUUUUUGGGAACAAAAGCUGGGAGCUGUCACUCCAGCAGGGACUGAACUAGUGGGGAGGGGGGCACCAAGAUGGGCUUCGUGCACAUUUUAAGGGGUGAGAGUCCUUUCAAAGGCAAAGCACAGCCCUCUCCUGGACCUGGGGACUUUCUUCGAGGAAGUGCCUCCUCUGGGACCUCGGAUGUACAGCAGUGACCACCACUCAGAUCCAGCUCCCAAGAUAUGGUGACCCAGAGGCUCAGUCCGCUCAUAUCUCAGUCAUCACCACCCAGACGGGCCCAGCAAUCAUAGAGACUUCUGUGUGGAGGGGGCCUCAGCAAGGCAGGAGGACGUCCUGGACUGGGAGCCCUCCUGCUAAUGCUCUGGGGACAACGCAGAGAAAGAAGACAAUUUAGGAACCAGAGAAUCUUGAAGUAAUUGGGAGCAAGACUGUUUAUUCUUUUUUCCUUUUUUUUUUUUUUUUUUCUUUUUAUCGGUACCGGGGAUCCAACUCACGAUUCCCUGCUUGCAAGGCAGGUGCUUAUGCCACUGAGCUAAAUCCCCAGCCUGAGACUGUUUAUUCUUGUAAGCGCUGUGUCACCACACACGCACACGCAUACACACACCACAGACCUGUCCUUAAGCCGCUCUAAGCCCACUCACUGCCAUCUGGCUGCUUCUUGCUCCUGCUAGCAGAUAUUUAAGGUUGUCCUGAGUUUGGCAGGGCCUGGAUCCCAACCACAUGCAUGUAAGGUAAAGCGAUUUUGCAUUGAAAUCUACCUUUUUCUUUUUUUUUUUACUAGAGAUCGAUCUCACAACCUCACACUUGCCAGGCAGGCACUUGUACUGCUGAGCUAUAUCCCUGGUCCUUGAAAUCUACUUUCUACCCACCUGGCACACAUGGCCCUGCCCUCAGAAUGUCUGAGACAGUCAGUGGAUAGAUAGAUGAUUGCAUCCCAGUGUGAUGAGUGCGGGGACAGAGAGCCCUAGGGAGUAUGUCAUAGGAAGAGCCUUUUGUUAUCUUUUUACUAAAAACACAUGUGUAGCAAUUUCAUGAGAGGUGGGAAAUGUUCAAGUGUUCUUAAAGUACAAACAGAGGUUGGUCACCAACAGGAGGGAACAGUGUGUGCAAAAGCAUGAGAUGUCCAAAUCCAAGAAAUUAUAUGCGAGAACAGAGGAUUUAACUGAGUACUUCUGUGUGCCAGGCUGGAUGCCAGGUGUUAUGUACAUUAUCCCAGUGGAGUCUCGUGGCAGCCACGUGGGUAAGUAGUGGUAUCCCGAUUUCGGACAAGAACGCUGAGGGUCUGAGAGGUUGAGCCACUUGCCUCUGGGUCACAACCCUGCUGGCAGUGACAGAGGUCAGUGAAUUUCCAGGGGAAAUUCUGCAGUCCAAGUUUGCAGGAAAUUCCAGACAUCGGUGAAGUAGAAAGACAUUAGUAGCCGAAACCCUGGGGUGAGGGUUUUGAAGAUUUAAGACAAAUUAGAGCAAUUUGAAGGAAAAGGGCCAAUUUUCCAUGAACUUUUGUUCCUCUUGAAGCUCUCCAAAUCUUCACAUUUCAAAAUGUACUGUGUGUGAUGCAUUUUUAACGCUCCAAAUUGACAGUGUAAUUCUAGAUCAUCACUAGGUUCUGAAAACUGCGGAGUAGGGCUCUUUCCUCCAUAAUUUCCAUUUCUCUCCCUCUCUUUAGGAGUGGGAGGGAAGUUUUUGCCCCUGGUUUAAGAAUGCCCUACAUUUUCCUGUCUGUUCUUGAAGUAGCAGGUAGGGCUAGCCUCAGAUCUUGGCUUACCCUCCCUGGGUCUCUGCAUCCUCAGUGGUAGCGUGAACUACCUUCAGGAGUAGUUGUGCAGAUUAAAUGAGAUAAUGUGUGUAUAGCUAUAGGCCCAUCACGUAAGGAUGGUCUAGCACAUACUAAGCAAGUGUUACUAAGCUGGAACACGAAGUAGGGCUACAGACCCACAGGCAAAGUGGUGAGCUCACAGGGGGAGCCAGAAAGAGAAGAGUAUGGGACCCUGCCUGGGGAUCCCCCUGCUUCCUAGGCUCAGGAGCCCCGGUGGAGAGUGAGAAGCCAUGGCAGAGGCAGGAGGAGGACAGCCGGGUAGAAUGUGCUGCCAUGGAAACAGGAGGAGGAGGGCGUUGCCAGGAGGAGGGAGUGAUGGAGAAUGUCAAGUGUCAGAAGAGAAUGGGGGUGGGGAGGAACCCAUGGCAUAAAACUCCUCAACUUCAGUCUCCUGCAUGGCCUGGGAAACUCCCGAAUUUCAAAUUUCAAACCUGAAACUAAGUGGCUGCAUGAACCAGGCCAGGGGAUUUGCCCUCUGUGACCUAUCGUUUGCUACUGGAUCUAACGCAAAGGACUGGGUUAGUCUCCAAUGACAGUCUCUAAUAAGAUUCCUGGGGUUGAUGAAUUCUUGGCCACUUGGUAGCAGCAAGCAGCAACUGCCUGCCAAAAUGCUGGCACCUGGUAGGCUCCAGUACAAAGUUAAUCUCUGAUAAUUGUGCAAAUGCCAGAGGGAGCUCCUGGAAGGAAGGGUGCUUGGCUUGGAAUUUGAAAUGUCCCCCAGGUGGAGGGGGGUGAAUAGGAUCUGAAGUUUAGCCAGCGUUCUGGGAGCAGCAAGAGUCCUGAGUAGGCAUCUGCUGGGUCUCAGUCCCCCCCACUUUUCUUUUGGUACCGGGGUUUGAACUCCUGAUCGAACCCAAGACCUUGCGCUUGCCAGGCAGGCACUUGUGCCGCUGAGCUAAACCCCCAGCCCAGUCCCCCCUUCUUUGCAUCAGUGACAGAUCCUGAACUGGGGACUACAGAUCUAGAGUGGGAAUCAGACCUAGAAAUGCUGGGAGGUGACAGCUACCUACAGAUCCUGGUCCCACAGCUCCAACAGGAAACACACAGAGCUUUCUUUCACCAUUUAUGUAUUUGUUAUUAUUUAUUCCUUUAUUUCACUUCUGCACAACAGGCAGGUAAUGCUGGGAGCUGGCAGGGAUAGUGGGAGAGGCCAGACCACUCAGAGCUUACUGAUGGGGGUCAGGUCGGGACGCUGACUGGGUGGCUCUGGGACUCUGGCUGCAGGCAGCUUGAGAAUUCAAAGCCAAUCUUCCAGAGAGCUGCUGAGGUCCUUCUAGGGCAGCAGGCUGAUGCCGUGGAGCGCAUGGCUGGAGGAUCGUCUUGGGUGCAGCCCCAGCGCCACUGCCAUGCCAGAGAUGAGCUUACCCAAAGUGCCCAGCACUUUCACACAUUUUGCGUUCAUGACAGGCUGUCAUCUACCAGCAGGUGACCUACAGCAUUCACCUGUACCAAAUUACAUGGAGGAGCCCUUUAAUCUUCCCAGCCAGAGUAUGAAAUAGACUUUAUUUUUAUUGCCUCCAUUUUGCAGAUGAGGAAACUGAAGCUCAGGGAAGGGAGUGGCUUGGUCAAGGUCAAAGGUUGGUCAAGUCCACUUCGUCAAGGUCAAAGGUUGGUCAAGUCCACUUCCUCCGCUGCCUCCUUUGGCCUCCCACGGGGAAGCAUUCUGAUUAUGUGGAAGGCCCCAGCAAGACCGUCCCAUGCAACUCGAGGCCACAGACUGAACAUUUCCUGUGCCAGGUCCUAUGCCUCAGUGCCUUGGCCACAGACACUGCCAUUGCUUCCAUGCUAGCCACCCAAAUCACUGCUGUGACCUUGGCAGGUCCCUCUCCCCAUCCUUCUCUCCCUCCUUUGGAAGUGUGUUUGUUCCGUAACUUUUGACUUCCUGCCAUGUCAUCUGUGUGACCCUAGGCAAGACACUUCACUCUCUGGGCCCAUUUCCCCUGCAUGGAUGAUGACACUUAGCUGGUAAAAAGUUAAGACUUAGAAGGAGGCUUUGAGGGAUGGGCCUUGUCUGCUCUGGUCACAGACAUUCCCAGAAAUGAUGGGCAUUGUGGUGCAUGUCUGUAAUUCCUGCACUUAGGAGGCCAGGGCAGGAGGAUUGUUGUGAGUUCAAGGCCAGCCUGGGCUACAUGAGUUCAAGGCUAGCAUGAACUACAUAGUAAAAUUCUGUCUCAAAAAACCAAAAAAGAAAAUAUCUGGGCAUGGUGGUGCACACCAAUAAUCACAGCCCUUGGGAAGCUGAGUCAGGAGAAAUCCUCCUUCCCCAAAAAAGAUCCCAGCAAAUGCAAGUGGACACCACACAGGUGAACAAUACGCCUACUGCACAGCAAAUACUCAAGAAAUGGAGCCUUUUACUGUCGUCUAACAUUUUAAGUCCAUGUACAUGAUGGAUUCUGAGUGCUGUGCCAUUCUGGGAGAGAACUGAGACUUUCCCCUCAUGUUCCUUGAUCACAGAAACUGACAUCUGGUGGUAAAAUCCCUGGGCAUUAGUCCAGAAAUAGGGAAAAGUAUGCCUAAGAGCUGCCACCUGUCAAGGCACCGCCCUGCUUUGGGCUUGCCUCACACACCAGGCUUUACCCCUCCCGGGUGUCAUCGUGCUACUUCCUCUGCUUUCCCAAUAAAAUAAGCAUCCACAUUCUUA